UUAAAUUAUAUAUAAUCUUUGAUUGUAUUAAGUUUUUAUUAAAAAUUAAAUUAAAUUCCUUAUAUUAUUUUCAUUUCUAAUUGAUCAAUCUCUCAAGAGUAUAAAAGAGUAUAAAAGAAAUUUAAUCAUUUACUUUUCUUAAAUUCAAGCAUUCUUCUUUUUUUUCUAAACUUUUUUAACUUUAAAUACAUUAUUUAACAUUAUAUCAUAUAUUAUCGAAAUAAUAUAUACUUAUAAAACUAUAUUUCAUACUAGUCAUCUAAUUUACUGGAAAGUAUAAUGCAUGAUAAUGGAAAAUGUAUAAUUUGCCACGUGUAUAAUUGACCUGACAUUGACAAAAUUGCAAUAUUUCGUAUCUUUCAUAGUUCCUCACAACUAUUCAAUCCAAACAGAUUAUUCGACAAUCUGUCGGUUUGUAUACAACGUUCGUAUAGAAAAAUAUCCAUAAUAUUUUCAAAUUUUUUUUUUAAUAUGUUCACGAAGAGUAACGAGUAUUUCAAUUCUAUUUAGUAAUAUUUAUCAAAAAUUUAUCAUUCAAUUUAACGUUUUGUAAUCGAUAAUAGAUAAAUAAUAGAUAAAAUAGUGCACAAUAUACGUUAAUAUGAACAAGGAACUUUUGUAUUUACUUACCAAAAUUGAGAAUCGGUAUUAAUUCUUAGAUUGAAUGAUAUUCAAACUUAUGAAAUAUUUUACCUCGUGUGCAUGCAAUAUCUCUUGUUAAUUCCAAAGCAAUAAAUUAUAAUAAAUUAUUGGCCAAAAUUAUUAUUUUAAAUGUGAAAAAAUAAAUUUAUAUUUUAUUUGGAGAAAGGUUAUCAAUAAAGGCUAUCAAUAAGUGUGGAAAAAUUAAAUUGGAUAUCAAGUGGAAGAAGCUAUAUGAAAUAUAUUUGUUGACAAUAAAGAGAUUUUUUUUUUUGUUAAAAAAAACUCGUGAAUUUGUGUGAAAAAAAAAAUAACAAUAUAUGCGUUCGUGAUAUAUAACUCAAACAGACGUGUGUUAUUCUCAUCGUAUAUUGUCGAUUUGAAAUUGAAAUUUAAAAUAAAUAAAUAAAUAAAUGAAAUAAUUUAUUUCGUCGUUGACUUACGUUUUAAUCUUUCAUCAAUAAUAAUAAUUUUAAAAUAAAACAAUUACUCAAAGUGACUAUGAAAUUAUUGUCAAUAAUAUUUCUUUGCGCGAUACUAUCGGCAUGUUACGGAUACCGGAUAUUAGGAGUGUUUCCUUUCCACGGAAAGAGCCAUUUCAUGAUGUUCGAACGGCUGAUGAAGAUUCUGGCCAAAAAGGGCCAUCAAGUUGACGUGAUCUCCACGUUCCCCUUGAAGAAACCGUAUCCGAAUUAUACAGAUCUUGUUGUGCUCCCCGUAUCUUCGUCAUGGAUAAACAAUUUAACUUUUCACGAGAUACAAAACAUGUUCAGUGUAUCAGCUACAUUUGUUGUGGGACAUAUGGCAGGAAAUAUGAUUUGCGAAUUUUUGAAACAUCCGAAGAUACAGGAGUUAAUACACAAUCCGCCUAAAAACCCGCCUUACGACGCGAUCAUCUUGGAGAUAUUCGGUGCACACUGUUUCGGUAUAAUAGCCGACAUUCUGAAAGUACCGAUGAUAGGAGUGAGCAGCUCUGUGCUCUAUCCAUGGUCCUACGAUUACAUCGCGUGCCCUCACAAUCUUGCAUACGUGCCGCACAAUUUGCUUUUCUAUACCCAGAAUAUGAAUUUCUGGCAGAGGAUGUACAAUUUUUUGGACAAUCUUUACUUGAUAUGGACGUUCAACAAGGUGACGGUUAAGCAAACGGAAAUUAUGAGGAAAUACGUUAAACCCGAUGCGCCAGAUAUCAGAGAUGUGGAGAGGAAUAUGUCGAUAAUCUUAGUGAAUUCGCAUAUAUCGACAAACGGUAUCAAAAACUUGAAUCCGGCACUCAUCGAAGUCGGAGGAUUGCACGUACACGAUGACGAAACAAUAUUAUUACCACCUAGUCUGGAAAAAUGGAUGAACGAGAGCGAACACGGAUUUAUCUAUUUCUCGUUCGGCUCGAUGGUGAUGAUCGAAUCAUUCCCGAUCGAAACCCUUCAAAUCUUUUAUAAUUCUAUGAGGAAAAUAGCGCCUGUUCGUGUGUUGAUGAAAAUAGCAAAAUCGGACAAACUUCCGCCUGGUUUGCCGGAAAAUGUCUAUAUUUUACCGUGGAUACCGCAAGUCAAAGUUCUCAAGCAUCCGAAUAUAAAAGCAUUCAUCACGCAUGGAGGUCUUAUGGGAAGCCAAGAAGCUAUUCAUUACGGAGUCCCAAUGAUCGGUAUACCUUUGUUUGCCGAUCAAUUUAUAAAUAUUAAUAACUACGUUCGAUUGAACAUCGCAAUAAAAUUAAAACUUAUUAGUCUAACUCAAGAAGAAAUGGAUCACGCCUUGAAUGAAAUUUUAAAUAAUCCUAAAUACAAAAAAGCGAUAAAAGAACUUUCGAAGAAGUUUUUAGAUCGACCGAUGAGUUCUGCGGAUACUGCAAUCUAUUGGAUCGAAUAUAUUAUCAAAUAUGGAUCAACUGUGCUCAGAUCACCUGCAAUGGAUUUAACGUGGUGGCAAAUAGAAUUAUUAGACGUUUGCGGAUUCCUCCUGAUAGCAGCGUUAGUAGUACUUUAUUUUCUGACGUUAGGAUUACAAUUCAUAUAUCGUUUAGUGAAUUCGAAUUUCAUCGUGCCACAAAAGAAAAAAAUAUCUUAAGAUUCUUAGAAUUAUUAAAUUAUUGAAAUUCUUUGUUUCUGCUUUAAAUUUAUAAUUUUAAUUAUUUAUCUUAUGAUUCUUCUUGUCCCUUCGAAAGAUUUUUAAAUUUAAACUAGAUGAAUAUUUUAUUAUUAAGAAUUAUUAAAAUUAAAAAUUAAAUAGUGGCAUAAUGAUUAAAAUAAUUUUUAAUUUCGUGACGCGAUUGUAUUAAAAAAUCGUGAAAAAUAAUAGGAUACUUUGAUAGCUUUAACAUAAUAGUUUCAAGAUUACGUAUUUUUUUGUUUAUUAUGCAAUUAUUAUAAAUAAAUAAAAAUUAAAUAACUAAAAAUUAAUAAAACAAAUUAUCUACAAUCUUAUAAAA